UCUUACAUCCGCCCAGUGUAUCGAGGCCCUUUGCUGGGACAAGUGAUUGGCCCAGUGAAUGUUUGUAGCUCCAGCCCUGAAGGUAUUUCCUGAUUGGUUGCUGUGAGUAGUAUGGGUCAGUGUCGAAGCCCACGUACAAGCGUGGUCAUUCAGUGGCUGUGAACAGUGCUUGGUUUUCAUCCUGCUUACAUGUAGUCGCUCGGAGGCAGGCAGACACACAGGGACUGUGGGUUGCUAUGGCUAUAUUCUUAUUAUCGUAUAAUGGUCUGCAGUUUACACUAAUUAUUCUUCUGCUGCAUGUAGGUAAUUGCUUUCAGGCGGACCCAAAUCUCUGUGAUUCAAGUUGUGCUGGCUUUUCUACCCCUGAUUUGUCGUAUCAGAGAGGGGUGAGGUACACUUACAGGUACAGCACAACAGUCACCACAACCCUUCAUGGUUCUAAUGCUGGUAGGAAUGGACUGGCUUUGGACUGUGUGGUUGAUAUUGAUGUGGUUUCCAAGUGUCACCUAAUGAUGCAGAUUAGGAAUCCACAGAUAAAGCGUCUUUCUCCUCAGAAGGAGCACUCUGUUCAGCGCCUAAAAAGUUUAAGGGAGUCACUGGAGAGAACGCGCCUCAAGUUCUCCCUCCAGGGGGGAAAGGUCACGGCCCUGUGUCCUCAGGAGGGGGAGCAGGUGUGGGCCCUUAACAUUAAAAGGGCUCUACUGAGCAUGCUCCAGACCUCCGACAUGGUCUCCAAACUGGAAUUAAAGAAUGAGACAGAUGUGUACGGGACAUGCAGCAGCAGGUAUGAGCGGCGAGGGCCUGUGCUGCUGAAGAUCAGGGAUAUAAAACAGUGCCAACAGAGCAGACUGGCAAACUUCUGGCCUCAUUCAGUGUCUAUGUCUGAUGAUACAUCAUUGCAGUCAGAGCUGCACUGUAUUCAACGCCAUCGAUCGACUGUGAUGGAAGAAGUCAACUGCACUGAAGUCGUUUCCAUAGCAACAUCAUCCAGAACAGCCGGACGAGUAAAAACCCAAACCGUGUCUACUCUGAUCCUGCUCAGAGCUCAGCCGUGGACACCACCAGGACCAGAUUCUUUAGGCCGUGGUGCAUUCACUGACCUGCUGUUUGAGGAAGAGGCAUCUGUUCGAGCAGGAAGAAACAAAGCGUCGACACCUCAGCAAGCCAGUCACACUAUCAGGAUGUUAUGCAGCCUCAUGGACCAGCAGCAGAUAUCACAAGAGUUCCUUCAACUGGUGUUCCUGCUCCGAGAUCUGACGUUCUCUCAGCUGAAGACACUCUGGCAAGAAUCAUCAUUCAAAUGCCGCAAUGACUGGCAGCCGUUACUGGACGCUUUACCAGCCUGUGGAUCUGAAAACUGCAUCCUGCUGCUGACCGACCUCAUGAGGAACGAAGAGCUGGAGGACGAGCACGCUCAGUCUGUCCUCACCACCAUUGCCCUGAUGCCUCAUCCAUCACCGCAAAUCCUCGCCUCGGUCAAUGCUUUAUUGGAGGUCCCAAAGGUGCGGUCCAGAGCCUUAUUAACCGGAUCAUCACUGGUCUAUCAGCUGUGUCACAGAUCCCAAACCUCCUGCAGUGAACUUCCACAGGUACAAACCUUCAUACAGAGUCUGGAGGAAACCCUGAAGGACGGCUGUGAAGAACAAGAGCCCACGCAAGUCAAAGAGCUUCUGUAUGCUCUGAAAUCAGUGGGAAAUGCUGGUCUGUGGGCUGGGGCCUUCAUCCCUCUGUUAACCCGCUGUGCUGUCAGCCCGUCGGCGGCACUGGAGCUGAGACUGGCUGCCGUUCAAGCCUUCAGACGGAUUCCCUGCUCAGAUAACAGGUCUGUGCUGUUGCAGCUGUACCGCUCGUCCCAGGAGGAUCCGGAGGUCAGAACGGCUGCAUACCAGCAAAUCAUGCGCUGCCCAGACCAGGACCUGUUCCGAACGGUGAAGGAGACCCUGAGGAACGAGACCUCCAGCCAAGUGGGCUCAUACGUGUGGAGUCACCUGACCAACGUCCUGAGGAGUGAAGACCCCAUGAAGCAGACGCUGAUCCAGUCUCUGCCGGACGAUAUCAUCAGCAGAGAUUUUGAAGCAGAGUUUUUAAAAUACUCGUCUUAUUCAGAUCACACUGUCACAUCAGACAUCGGAAUCAUAAAUGUGGAAACGUCUUUAGUUUUCUCCCCCAAAUCAUUUCUGCCGAGAUCUGCUUCUGCCAACCUGACGCUGUAUUUUCACGGAAGGGCGCACAACCUUCUGGAAGUGGACCUCCGUGUGGAAAAUGCCGAACCGCUCCUCAAGCACAUUUUCGCUCAGCAGACACCUCCGUCUAAUGGAGAAUCCAAACAAGAGUCAAAGGGGACGAGAAGAAAAACAGACAGAAAAAAAGAAAUGUGUUUAUCUAGCACCAACAAUUAUCUGAACAAGGCCAGAGCGAUGUUGUUUGGGAGGAGACGGGCCGAGGAGAACAGUCCCAGGUGUUGGGUCAGUGUGAAGGUGUUUGGGAAUGAACUCAGUGCUUUUACCUGUGAAGACCUCCACAGUGACAUCAACCAGCUGUCUCUGAGCAUGGCCCAACUGGCUGUAAAACUGCUGAAGGGUCAGGAGGUUCAGCUGAAUCACAGAGCUGUGUUAAUGACAGAAGAGCUGCUGUUGCCUUCUCUGUCCGGUUUACCCGUCAAACUGGGCAUCAACAUGACCUCCCUGCUUUCACUGAAGCUAAAAGGCAACGCAAACUACAGGGACAUGGCUCAUUUCUCACUGACAGGAUACAUCAAACCCAAUGCCUUUGUGGGGCUGUGGGCCAGGAUGGGGGUUGACGGGGCUUUGGGUCAGGCUGCGGUGGAGUGGGUGUCAGACCUGAGGAGUUCCACCAGUCUGGAUGGAAAUGUUCAGCUGCAGGAAGGACAGGACCUCAGAGUCACACUCAACACGCCUGAAGACGUCAUGGACAUCAUUUCAUUCAGUUCUCAAGUGUUUCAACUGAGUGGAGACCACAGAGAAGAGAUAAAGGGCCCAAAGAGUCGAAUCCAAAAGACCACCUGCACACCAAAGACAUGGUCUAAAAUGGUGGGCUGGCAGCUGUGCUCUAAUGCCUCCUACCCUUUAUCUGCUGGUGGUGUUUCUGUUCCCCCCUCUGGACCGCUCCACUUCUCCCUCAGGCUGCUGAAGCUCGACAGGGGCCUCCAUUAUUAUCUACUGGAAGCUGCAUAUUCACUGCUUCCACAGAGAGGGACUUGGAUCCCCAGAGAAGCCUCCCUCCACCUCCUCCUGUCCACUCCUCAGUCCACCGUCCCCAGAGAUAUGUCUGUGGACUUGGCCUUCAACCCUCACAGACUGCUGCUGAGGGUCAGCCAUCCUCUGAAAACCAUCCACAUACAAGGACAACUUGAGCAAGAGAGGAAUAUAAAGACAGGGAAGCUGGAGCUCUUGAUUGACAGUGCUCAUUUUUACAUCAUGGGUUUGGUUGACACGCAGAUGAUUGCAUCAGAGCAGAGGACACGCUACCAUAUUGAAGCCAAAAUGGCCGCUAAUGGACCUCCCAUGAUCCUCUCUGCUAAUGUUACCCGUGGACUGGGCAGGAAGACCAGCUUUUCUGCAUCUGUGAAGAAUGUGUUUAAAGACACUGCAUCACUUUCUGUUGCUCUGGAGCGAAGGCGGGACAGCAGCAGCAGGCAGUACUCUGUGGAGGCGGAGCUUCUCUUACCUGGCGUGGUCGGCAGCAGGAUGUUGGGACUGAUGGAGCAGAAGGGCUCAGUGUGGAGCUCCGCCCUCAGGCUUAAAUAUGGUCUGGGAGGCGAUGCGCGGCACUUGCGUCAGGAAUGCUACACGUCUCAGAGACUGAGGACUGAGAAAGACUCAAACCUCACCUAUGUCAUGAGAGCAGAUCAUGAAUUCUACUGCUCCAACACGGCACCGAUCAACCACAAGAUCCACCUGAGACACGAGGAGAGCCCCAGUCACAUUAAAUCCUCUCUGGAUGUGAGCUACGGCAAACACUGGGAUGAGAUCAACAACAAACGGACGCUGCUCCUGAGCCAGUCGUUCAGAAACCAGUCGACGCAGAAUCACACUAGCUACACACUGGAGUUCAGUUUGCAGGUUCCAGAAAAGAAUCUAAACUACAGGACCCAGCUUAUGCACUCUCAUCUGAAACAACAGGGGUCUGAGAGCAGCACUCACCUCAAAAUCAACUACAACGACCUGAUGCCUCUGGUGGCUGGAGUCCACUGGAAAAGUUCUCCACACAACGUCCCGCAGAAGAAAUGGGAAGGUACAUUUAACAUGGACACACCGUGGCUGUACAUCUACACCUCCCACAAGCUGAGCCAGCAGCAGCACCACACGCUGCACUUCUCCUCAGAGCUGACGACCAGCAAGUGGCUGACCAUCCGUAACCUCAUCCUGGAGGGUUUCUACAGAGACAGAGGCAGAGAGAAGGAGGCCCGUCUGGAGCUCUACACACCAGCUGUCACUUAUCUCCAAGCAGGUGGAUGGAGCAUGGUGGGGAAGCGAAGUGUGAAGGCCUCUUGUUCCUUACGCUCUUUGUGGACCCCUCCUAUGGGAGCAGACGUGUCUCUGGAGGCCUCUAAGUUCAGCCACACCCUGCAGAUGGCCUCCAGCUACGGCAAACACAACGUGAGCCUCACUGCUGCCCUGAGUACUGCCUACAAGAACUUUAAAAAGAGGCAGGUGGUGUUAAAGAUGGUGUUGUCGGAGCCCAGGAGUCGGCCCAAAGAGCUGGAGUUUGAGGGAGUGAUGGAGGAGCUGAGGAAGGAUAAGAAGAUGUAUCAGAAAACUGCGAUGCUGCAGCUCAGACAGCCGUUCCAGAGCUUUCCACAGAGUCUCUUUCUGCAGGAGACUUUCACAGUCGACCUCCUUAAAGGCCUCUACAUCCUGGAGUCGAGAGCUGGUUUCCACGGCAACAGGGAGGUUAUCCACACCCUCACCCUUGGCUACCAACCACCAAGUCCUUUUGUUUGCUCUGCACUAAUUCAUCCUUUCAGCUCUGACACAGUUCCAUCUGACUCAGAAAUAUGUGUGACCCUAUUCAACAACCAGACCCAGAAGGACAUACAGGGACGGUUACGAGUUGGAAACAAAGACAGACUGACAUUCUUCGGACAAGUUCGCGUGAACCCUCUGUACUCAAGACACCAAUCAAUAAACGUUAAAGCAAACUUCAGCCAACAGCUCCAGCUGCAGCUCCCCUCCUUCGCCGUAAUGGAGGGAAACUUACGCUGGAACCCCAAAAACAACACAGACUUUGAUUAUCUGGCCCGAGGGAAACUGAGAAUAGAACGACAGGAGUGCCAAAUUUCUCUGCAGCUUAAUGGAACGUCGGGCAGAAUCGGUCUGUCUUCCAGUCUCAGUCACCCCUUUAAAUCUAAGAUUCCCAAAAGACUAGAGGCGAAGGCUACCGCAGACAUGUUUGCAGGUGGAGGACGCAGUUCGGUGCGUUUGAGGGCUGAUGGGAAGGACAGAGUAAAGAUGGACGCCCAGAUGACUCACUCCAUGCAUCAAGGAGAAAGAACUCUGGGAUUGAAGAUGAAUUUAUCCCAGAGUUUGAUGCCUUCAGCCACAGAGCUGCAUCUGGACAUGGGUGCUAACAUGUCUUCAGAAAGUGUGUCUCUACACAGCACCUACACACAGGGACAUGAGGCCCUGUUGGCCCAGGUUAAAGGUUCUCUAAAAGAUGUUCCAAGCCUCCAGUUGGAUGUUUCUGGAGAUCUGAGGCACUCCAUGUCCGGCCUUGCCUUCCUGCCUUCAGCCCUGGGUUUGGACGGAGCCCUGGGAUGCUCCGACAGUCUAAUGGAAGGACAGCUGAGAGUCAGAGUGAUCGACACCCUGUACAGUGUGGAGCUGAGACAUCAGAAAGACUAUGGGGAACAUUUGGACUCAGCAGAUGAAUUAGACACAUCAGGAAAAACCCUGCACCGGGUCCAGAACUGGUUGUGUGUUUGGUCCGGAGCUGAGAAUCUGUGUGUGAAUACAAGCCACCGACUUGGAGAUAAACAGAGAGGGGAAAUCCACACCCACCUCUCUCACUCUUUUCACCUGCUCAGUGCCACAGGCGUACCUGCCAACAGUAGCGCCAAGGUGAGCUGGACCCAAGAGAGUGAUCGACUGUCGGUCCUGACAGAGGUUCAAGCAGGAGUGGAGCAUCUAAAAGCUGAGUUUAAUGGAAGCAGGACAGAUCAUCUUAUGACCCGAUGGGAGUUCCUCACGAAGCUGCAGCACCAAAUGAAAGCUCUGCUAAAAAGAGGCGUAUCAAGCUCCAUUCAAGCAAAAGCACAUUAUCAGUUACAAACAGAUGGACUGGACACAGGCCUGGUGCUUCUGAUGGAAGAUACCAGAAUGGUAGACAUCCUCUUCAGUGUCGGCUCAAAGAACAACACGGUUUUAAUGGCAGCGCAUUUGUGGCAACAAAUGAAGCUGCUGCAGGGAGUCAUACCCACCUCUUUGCAGAUGAACUGCACAGGGGACGCCGCCGCACACCGACUCUGGGCUCAGUGCUAUGGAAAUGUGGCAGGCCGCCCUGUGGAGACCGUCCUGCCUCCUCAGACCUCAGUCAACAUCUCUGUUUCGCGUUCUGGCUGCUCCACAAACGGCAGCGUCGUUGUCCAGUCCAGGGACGUUGAGAAAGGCCGCGUCAUUCUGUCCCUUAAGUGUCAACCCUCCCUCAGUUUCCAGGCGUCUGUCCAGCACUCCAUUGAGUCUUUACAGAUGCUGGGAUUUCCAAGCCAUGGAGCAGUGAUCCUGAAUGCCUCGGCUGCACAUGGACCUGCUGUGGACGUUGGCGUGGAGCUGGGGCCUUGUUAUUUUAGGGGUAAUUUUGGGAGGACGAAGAAAUCGGAGGAGGACCUGUCGACAUAUGCUGUUAAAGUUACCAACUACUGUCCUGCACUACAGGGAACCGUUCUCCCAGUGUCCCUGGUUCUUGAGGGCCUCCUGUCAACACUCCCCUGUCACUUGACCUUCUCCUCCACCAUGAGGGUCGACACCCAGGACCUGACUGUGGAUCUUCAUCGGUCCUGCAGCCCUCUUCAACUCUCCGGCUCCAUCAGUCAUUCCUUCCUGGAGCUGAGGAAUCAAGGUCUGCCUCAGAUUAUCACCAUAGAGGCCAGCGCUCCUGGAGGCCCCGAACAGACCGGGACUCUGCUCAUCCAAGCCGGGACAUGUCACAUCAGAGCCACUAGAGUCACUGAGGUCAAAGGAAGGACACAGUGGGAGUGGGCUCUGGAGUCCAAGUGUCCUCUGUUACAGGGUCAUUUGAAUGGAUCGGUUUGGCAGGACCCUCAGGGCGUCUGGGUCGCUGUUGUGGAUACCAGUGUGGAUGGAAAAAGGGGUUUCCUGAGGGUGAAGGCCAGAUCUGAGCAGCAGCUGAGUCUGGAGGGUGAACUGGGUCACAACCUUCCUGUUCUCAGAAACUUCCCAGAGUACAGCAGACUGAGAGUAACCGGCAGGUCUGGGAAACAGCGAUAUGACGCAGAAGCACUACUUCAGAUGGGCCAAUGUGCGGUUACAGCCAGUGGAGCUGUAAUGUCUCAGCCUGGCCUGCAGGGGUCAGUGCUGUAUAACAACAACUGCACUGUCAUUCAGGACUGGGGCAGUCCGGAUCGCAUCCGUGCUCUGGAUCCUUGCUUGUGUCGCCAGCGGUUGCUGAAUCUCAAGUUUUCAUGUCGAUAG